ACAUGUCAGCUGUUCCUCAGCUGAUCGGAAGUGCAAUCGAUAGCUGCUUGUUUGCUCAAACCUGUCACGAAAAGCCAUGGCUGAGGCCAUAGCAGACACGAGAAGGCUUUAUACUAAACCACAAAACCUGAACGACGCGUAUGGGCCACCGAGUAACUUUCUUGAGAUUGAUGUUUCCAACCCCGAGACGGUUGGCGUCGGUCGGAACAGGUUCACGACAUACGAGAUCAGACUGAAGACAAACCUCCCUAUCUUCAAGCUGAAGGAGUCACGUGUCCGGAGGAGGUACAGCGACUUUGAGUGGCUGAGAGGAGAGCUGGAGAGAGAAAGCAAGGUGGUAGUUCCUCCUCUUCCUGGAAAGGCUCUGUUCAGGCAGCUCCCAUUUCGUGGGGAUGAUGGUAUAUUUGAUGACUCUUUUAUCGAAGAACGGCGGCAAGGCCUAGAACAGUUCCUCAACAAAGUGGCUGGUCAUCCGUUGGCCCAAAAUGAGCGCUGCCUGCACAUGUUUCUACAGGAGGAGUCAGUGGAUAAAAACUACACCCCUUCCAAAAUUAGACAAGCCUGAACCGGUCUGGAACACACACACACACACACACACAAAACAUGGCCCACAAGCAAUAAGAAAGGUUUGAAUCAUUCUUAACAGCAACAGAAUCUUAGCAUGAACCAUAGGGUGUCCAAAACAUUUACAAAAUAAUUGAAAAAGUUCUCUAGCGUUGUGUCCCUUCACUUCUCCAAAAGUACUCUUUUGAUCUCUGCUUAUAGCUUGUUUCAGUCUUUUUGUUCUGAUUUAUAAAUCUAUAAUGUUAAUAUUACCACUUUAAGUCUGAUCAAAUACAUUCUUAUGUGUAAUUCAUUGUGGUUAACAUUAUUUACGGUAGUUUUAUCUGAGAGCACCACUAAUUACGUAUUCGUACAAGAUCAAUGAAACGAACCAAAUAACUAUAUCAGAAUUAUGCAAGCACUAUAUUAUCACACACAUCGGCUUCCCUGUGUUAUUGCUACUACCUACUUGUGUUGCUUUUAAUGCUGAAGAACACGUACAGCAGCUCACCGUGCAGGAUGCACUUAAUUGGGAACCUCCUUGAUACAUGGUGGUUUAUCAUGUGCUGUGUGCCCCACUUAGCUGCAGACAAGCCAGUUUUUACUGUGUAAUGGCAGUACACAGAAACACAGAGAGUGCUGCCUACAAUGCAUGUUUCCAGAUUUGUAUACUGCUGUGCCAUUGCUUUGUUUAUGAGAAUUUUCCAAUAAAAAUGGAUCAAACACAUGCAUGUAUGGUGUGGUUUGUAAAACUAAA